CGCCCCCCACCCCACCCCCACUUCCCCUCCGUGUCACGCGCCCCACCUGUCAUGUUCUCCCUUCCCUUUAUCAACGCAGUCACGGCCUCCUCACCUCUGCAAGCCCCUUCUCUCUUCCCAAUUCGCAUCGCAAUUCUAACGCCGACCCUAAAUUCCAGACGAGAAUAAGCGAGGAAUACGAGGCGGAAGUGAGAAUAAGAAGGCAUAGGGAUGGAAGAGGAUGGAGGAAGCCCGAUCCUUAUGGUUUCCCCCAGCUUCCGAGAGGCGGUGGCGGAGGACGGUGGCGAUCGCCUCGCCGCCGCCGUCGAGUCCCCACAGAAGAUAUCCGCCGCCCCGGAGCAUCACUACGAAGUGGAGGAUGACGAUGACGACACGAGCGAGGACUUCGAAUUCGCCUUCGUAAUCAAAGAUCCGGAUUCCGGCACGGCGAUCACCGCCGACGAGAUUUUCUCCAACGGACAAAUUCGCCCCGUGUACCCGGUCUUCAACCGGGAUUUGCUCCUUGCCGGCGGCGGCGGCGGCGGUGGCAGCGGUGAGUCUGUGGAAGUGAAGACGGUGCGGCUGCCGUUGAGGACGCUGUUGAUCGAGGAGAGGAACGCGUCGUCCGGGUUGGCGUCGUCGUCGUCGUCGUCCGAGAUGGAGGAGCUGGAUGAAAUCCCGCCGGGGACGUACUGCGUGUGGACGCCGGGUUCGGUGCCACCGUCGCCGGCGCGGUGCAAGAAGAGCAGCUCCACCGGGUCAUCGCUCCGGUGGCGGAUACGGGACCUCGUCAGGCGGAGCCGCAGCGACGGAAAGGAGAAGUUCGUAUUCCUAGCGGCGGAGGAGAAAAACCCUGGCCGGAGCUCCGAGAAGAAGAAGAAGGGCAAGGCGGAGGAGGCGGCGGUGGCGGCGGCGGCGGCGGAGGACGAGGAGCGGGAGAUGAAGGGGAAGGAGAGGAGAGGGGGGAAGAAGGAGGUUAAGGCGACCAAGGUGGAUAUGGUCACCGCUCACCGGAUCUACUACGGGAGUAGGAGCGGGGGAGGGCAAACGGCGAAGGGCGGGCGGCGUUCGUUCCUGCCGUACAAGCCGGCACUCGUCGGUUUCUUCGCCAAUGUGAACGGGCUUAGCCGGACCCACCAUCCCUACUGAUCUUUUUCUUUUUCUUUUUUGUUUUUAGGAGGUAUUAUCUUGUUCGUUUUUUUAUUAUUUUUAUUUUGUAAGAAACUUCGUAUGUAGCUUUUUACCUGUAAAUUUGUGUGGUUUUGGUGGUGGGAGAAAGAUUGUUGAUACGUAUCUAUUUUUAUAAACCGAUGAGUUAUCUAUUUCUAUUA